AUGAGACGCUGGAAAUAUUUGCAAACUAAGGAGGAAAAAUUAAAGCUUAAGCUGAAUACUAUUGGUGGCUACAAUGACAAGUCUGAAAGCACUAAUAAUGUUGAGAAAUACAAUUUGGAAACAUGUACGUGGGAGAGCAUGCCUGCAUUGCCACAGCACUUACGGGGCAUGAAUGUGGCGCUAUUGAAUGAAAGCAUCUACGUUUUGGGAGGACAUGUGCACAAUGCAGCUGCGCCAUUGGAAACUGUGUAUAGGUUAGACAAUAACGGCACAGAGUGGCAGCAGGUCGCCAAUUUGUUGAAACCACGUUUUGAAGCAAACGUCCCGGUAUUUGAGGAUAAAAUAUAUGUUUUUGGUGGCUUGUCAGCUGCAGGAACACCACUUGCCGAUUGUGAAUGCUAUGACGCAGUGAGCAAUACUUGGACACAAUGUGCUGAUAUGCUGGAACCACGCUAA